AUGCAGCUGCUGACGCGGCCAACCGUACUGGCCACGUGCGGUCUCUUCUUCCUUCAUCUCUCGCACAUCGUCGAAGCUGCGUCCGAUACACCUGCGCAUCGGCCAUGCUCUGUCCAGUCCCCAACUACAGGCGCAUUCUUUGAUUUGAACUCCAUCUCGCUCUCGCCGCCGGAACUUAAGGACGGGAGGAAGGUGCACAAGACCGAUCGGGAUGAGAGCUGGGAAGCCCGCGGCCAUGACUAUGGCGCUAAUUUCACCAUGAAUAUAUGUGCCCCAGUCAUUGAGACUGUCGUAGAUGUGGUUGGAGUAGAGAAGGCGAGGUGGCAGAAUGUGAGCGCUUAUUAUGAACACAAGGGAAAGAUAUACUCUCUCGGAGAGCAAAACCCAGAACCGAUCUUCCGCGGUAAACGGCUCGUGUUGAACUAUACCAAUGGCUCGCCAUGCACAAGCUCCGGGAAUCCACUACUCGGCUCAAGCCUUCAUGCCGAUGAUGACUUUACAGCAGAACAUGGAUAUAGCUCAAGCAAGCCCUCUUAUUCAGCCACAGCAGCAGGCGACAGUCAAACGACCAAGAGGAAAUCCGCCAUCAUGUCAUUCCUAUGUGACCGCGAAGCUCCUGCUGCCACACCCGCUGUUUCUUUCGUCGGCACGAUGGAUUCGUGCACAUACUUCUUCGAAGUUAGAAGCUUGGUGGCUUGUGGUGGCGUGGCUGCAGUACCUGAAGGUGGUCUGGGACCGGCCGGUGUCUUUGGAGUGAUUGCUCUAAUUGCCGUUUUUGUUUAUCUCCUUGGAGGGUGCGCAUAUCAGCGUACAGUAAUGCACCAACGCGGCUGGAGACAAUGCCCCAAUUUCAGCCUAUGGUCUGACCUAGUCGGAUUUGUUCAGGACUUCAUCAUCAUCAUAUUUUCCUCUAUAACGCGCUGCUUCGUUAGAAAAGAUUCCUCAUCACGCCCCAAUGGCCAAAGAGGCAUAAUCAGUGCCAUUGGCGGUCGUCGAGGCGCCGAUCGAGGGGAUAGAGGGGACGUUGACGCCGAAAAUCGUUUAAUAGAUCAAUUGGACGAGGAAUGGAAUGAAUAA